AUGGGUGUUCUAAAUAUUUUUGCCAUUCUGUUCGUUGCCCUCUGGGCAACUGCCGCCGAGCUUGACAUUCCGUCUGUUGAUGCUGCUGUCGCCGCUGCGCUCAAGGACUACGGAAACUAUGGAGCUUACACUGGCCCCGAAAAGAAGGCUCCCCCCCAAGGCAAACACUGCCACAUUGAAAGAAAACAAAGCGGCACUCGAAGGGGUGUUUCUGCCUUCGGUGCUUCUGGAUAUCAGGUUUUCCGCAAUGUCAAGGACUUCGGUGCUCGAGGAGACGGGGUCACCGACGACACGGCGGCCAUCAACGCAGCCAUCAGCAGUGGUAACAGAUGUGGGCAGAAUUGCCCGUCCGACACGACAACUCCAGCAGUGGUCUAUUUUCCUUCGGGAACUUACAAGAUCUCAUACCCUAUCUUUGACUACUACUAUACGCAGAUCAUUGGAGACCCCAACAACCUGCCCGUGAUCAAAGGAUCGUCGAAUUUCCAAGGUGGAUAUCUUAUUGAUGCCGACCCGUACUUCUCCUCGGAUCUCAACUGGGCAUCCACUGUGGUCUUUUUCCGAUCAAUUCGGAAUAUCGUUCUUGACCUUCGCGAUAUUCCCGCUGGUAACACUGUUAGUGGCAUUCAUUGGCCAACAGCCCAGGCAACUAGCCUCGAAAACGUGGUCUUCGAGAUGAGCUCCGCGUCCGGAACUAAACACCAAGGACUCUUCAUUGAAAGUGGUUCCGCCGGCUAUAUGGGUGACCUUGUCUUCAACGGUGGAAACAUUGGCGCCGCACUUGGCAAUCAGCAGUUCACAAGUCGCAACCUGACAUUUAACAACGCUGUCACCGCUAUCAGCCACUACUGGGACUGGGGUUGGACAUACAAGAACAUCAAUAUCAACAACUGCCAAGUCGGAAUCGACAUCACUUCAGGUGGCCAUGAUGCGCAGAGUGUCAGUUCCAUUACCUUACUGGACAGUUCCAUCACGAACACCCCGGUCGGCAUUCUCACUUCGCGCGACUCCACUUCCCAGCCUGCCACCGCAGGUAGUGUCAUUCUCGAGAACGUUUCGACUCAGAAUGUCCCAGUGGUUGUUCAAGGACCGAAUAAGCAAACCAUUCUUGCGGGACCUAACCUUCACGUUGCAGCCUGGGGUCAAGGACAUCGAUAUACCCCGAAUGGACCAACUGUUUUCCAGGACACGUUUUCCCCAAACGAUCGUCCUGCAUCUCUCGUUCAGGGACAACAGUUCUAUGAGCGCUCGAAGCCAAACUACCGAAGUCUUACUGCAUCCUCCUUCAGCAGCACUCGCAGUGGGGGAGCAAAGGGUGACGGAAAGACAGAUGAUACUGCAGCUCUGCAAAAAGUUAUCAACGAUGCUGCAUCUGCUGGUAAAAUCGUCUUUUUCGACGCCGGGUCAUAUAUUGUGACGCAGACCCUGGAAAUUCCUGCAAAUUCCAAGAUAGUGGGCGAAACAUACCCAGUCAUUUUGUCCAGUGGGAGCUUCUUCAAUGACAUUGACAAUCCCAAGCCAGUCGUUAAAGUCGGGGCAUCUGGCGAUAGCGGCCAGGUUGAAUGGUCCGAUAUGAUUGUCAGUACACAAGGUGCUCAAGCAGGGGCCAUUGCGAUCGAGUGGAAUUUGGCUUCCUCCUCCGAUAGCCCAUCUGGAAUGUGGGAUGUCCACGUGCGAAUUGGAGGAUUCGCAGGCUCCCAGCUUCAAACUUCACAGUGCCUUGCAACUCCAGGUACCGAUGUGACCUCUGAUAAUUUGAACAAGAAUUGCAUUGCUGCGUUUAUGUUGAUGCAUAUUACGCCUUCGGCAAGUGGGUUGUACAUGGAGAAUAACUGGCUUUGGGUUGCGGAUCAUGAUCUCGAUGGUAAUGGCCAAAUCACCAUCUAUAGCGGGCGUGGCUUGAAUAUUGAAAGUACCGAAGGAAAUAUUUGGCUCUCCGGUACCUCGGUCGAACACAAUGUUCUUUAUCAAUACCAGCUUGCAUCGACAAAGAACAUAUACAUGGGGCAGAUCCAGACAGAGUCCGCAUAUUACCAACCGAAUCCCCUGGCGACAUCGCCUUUCCCGAUGGUUACCUCACUCCACGAUCCCAACUUUACGGAACACUGCUCAGGCAAAGACAAGUAUUGCUCUGAAGGUUGGGGUCUGCGGGUCCUGGACUCGACGGAUAUCUUUGUAUACGGCGCCGGUUUAUACUCGUUCUUCGACAACAACGAUGCUUCAUGCUCGGCUCAGGACUCUGGAAGGAGCUGUCAGAAAUCGAUCUUCAGUAUUGAAGGCUCGUCGUCGAUCAGCGUGUACAAUCUGAACACUGUGGGCUCGGACAGUAUGGUUGAUAUCGACGGUACAAGUGUUGCUAAGCAGUCAGACAAUGCGAAUGUUUUUAACGAAAACAUUGCAUUGUUCAGAAGUUAA